AUGCCUUCCAAUGUUCAUAACGAUCGGGAAUCGUGUCCAACAAAGGACUAUGAUGCAAUGACCCAAAGUGAAGCCAUCAAUGCCAUCAGAACACGAACAAACCGAAGAAAUGGUAUUGAAGAUGAGAAUGGUGAACCUCAGAAUGUCAAAUCCCACUCUAAAAAUCGUCCAAAAUCGGGAGAGGCUCCACUCGAGCUGGAAUUGGUAGUCCUGAAGCAUCGUCAAAUCAUUGCUGUGGUCAAUAGAGAUUUGAAUAAUCUCUUUCGUUAUAGUCUAGAUGCGAGAUUAAAGAUUCUAAACGAACAUCGUCAAGAGUUUCAGGUGGAUAUCAAAACUGUUGAGGAAUACUUAUUUCUCAUGAGAAAACUGCAGCCAGCGAACGACAAAAAUUGGGGACGAAAGAGUAGCAUUGCUUCGGAGUUAAUGGCUGAAUCUACUGUCAUGCGCAGCAAUAUUGAGGCUCGCAUCCAAGAGGUAGAGAAUUUCCUAUCCGAAGCGACAAGUGAGGAAUUAAGCUUAGAGAGCAGAAGAGAAAUGAUGCUAGAUCUCGGGAUACGCCAUGGAAGUUACGGGAGCACACUUAGUCUCCGCGACCAUGAUAAAUUUCCCCAGAAUAAAUACACCAAACUUAUUGACGUUAAAUCAUUAGAGAAGAAAGUUCGCGGGGCUACGGCGAAUGCCAGGAAGUUGGGAUUGUAG